AUUCGUAGACAGGAUGCACUCAAUUCUGGCAGUACAGUCACUCUGAUUCCACUGCAUCUGUGUUUGUCUGCUGACACCGAAGAGGAUUUGCCCCAAAAUGAAACAGUAAUCCUUGAUGUUCUGUGUGACAGUGGAUUAAACAAAAGUCUGAGAGAAGUGGAAAGACAUGACAUGAAUACCCUGAGUUUGCCUGUUAAUAUUCGUCGUGGGGGUUCAGACACCAACCUCAACUUUGAUGUACCUGAUGGGGUCUUAGAAUUUCACAAAGUCAAACUAAGUGCAGAUAGCUUGAAACAAAAAAUCCUGAAAGUUACUGAGCAGAUCAAAAUUGAACAAACAGCCCGUGAUGGAAAUGUGGCUGAAUAUUUAAAACUGGUGAACAGUGCAGACAAGCAACAAGCAGGACGUAUUAAACAGGUCUUUGAGAAAAAGAACCAGAAGUCUGCCCACUCCAUUGCCCAGCUGCAGAAGAAAUUGGAACAGUAUCACAAAAAGCUCAAAGACAUUGAACAAAAUGGAUCCUCCAAGAGUACCAAGGAUAUUUCCAAAGACAGUCUGAAAGAUAUACAGCACUCUUUAAAAGAUGUCCUUGGCAAAUCUCGCACUACUGGUCAUGGAGCUGAGGGCAGCAAAUCGGGUGUGCCAGGGGUGUCCUUGACACCUCCGGUGUUUGUUUUUAACAAAUCUAGAGAGUUUGCAAACUUGAUCCGAAAUAAAUUUGGUAGUGCUGAUAAUAUUGCUCACCUCAAAAGUACCCUGGAUGAAUUUCGACCAGAAACUAGUUCUAGGGCCUAUGGUGGUAGUGCCACUAUUGUGCCUAAAACUAAAUAUGUUAGCGAUGAUGAAUGCUCGAGUGGGACAUCUGGCUCUGCAGAUAGCAAUGGCAAUCCUUCCUUUGGGCCUGGUGGAUCAGGCACUCUGGGCAACCAAGAAAAGCUUUCUAUGAUCUUGGAGGAACUGAGAGAAAUAAAGGAGACGCAAUCCCAAUUAGCUGAAGAUAUAGAGAACUUAAAAACACAGUUUAAAAGAGACUAUGGUUUUAUCUCUCAGACAUUGCAAGAGGAAAGAUACAGGUAUGAACGAUUGGAAGACCAACUAAAUGAUCUGACUGACCUCCAUCAGCAUGAAACAGCAAACUUGAAACAAGAGCUAGCUAGCAUAGAGGAGAAGGUGGCUUAUCAGGCCUAUGAGCGGUCACGAGAUGUUCAGGAAGCCUUGGAAUCAUGCCAGACCCGGGUUUCUAAGCUGGAACUCCAUCAGCAAGAACAGCAAGCACUGCAGUCAGAGACUGUUAAUGCCAAAGUACUCCUGGGAAAAUGUAUAAAUGUAAUCCUGGCCUUCAUGACAGUCAUAUUAGUGUGCGUCUCAACUAUUGCAAAGUUCAUAGCGCCUAUGAUGAAGAGCCGUUUCCAUAUCAUUUGCACUUUUUUUGCAGUGACUCUACUUGCAAUAUUUUGUAAAAACUGGGAUCACAUUGUCUGUGCCAUAGAAAGGAUGAUCAUACCAAGAUGAAUCCAUUAACCUGGAUGUUCUAUUUUUUUUUUAAAUGCUGCUGGAAUAAAGAAUAUGGAGGAACCUCAGGAACAGUUGAUGCAUCCUGAGAACCUUUUGUCCUCCUUUACUGCAGGUAAACAAUACAUUCCCAUCUUCGUUAGUGCUAAUGUACAUUAAGUCCUUUUUAUUGUUUGUGAUUUCCAGGUCUUUAGCCAGCAAUUGUAUUUCAGAUUCAAAAUCCUUUACUUUUACAAUGACUCAUGCUAAUAUCCAUUAGCCAUUUUAAUAAGCCAUCCUUCUUACAGAUGGUAUUUGUUUUACGUACUCAUUUCUAACUUUGUACAAUUUACCUUUAGAUAAAAAACCUAAUCUGGGGGCCCCAGUACUCUGAGCUGCUACACUAUUGACUUCUUAUCAUUUACUGCCAUUUUUGUUAACCUUUUUAUGCAAUUUAUAUACAUGUUCCAGACUAAACUUUUGAAAAAAUCAUGCAUUUCUAUAACACUUAAGUGGUUCACAAAAUAACAUGGAUGGAUGCUAUUUAUCAGUAGCUUUACCAAACUCAAGAAGAUAAAUUUAGUCUGGCAUGAUCUAGUUUUAUUGAUUUAACCUUGCUGGUUCUAAUGUUGAAGAUCUGAAGUUUUGAUUUAAUUUAUGUAAUCUAUCCUGACUGUUUCCAGGAUCAGGACUUAAAUACCACAAGCCUACUUAUAUCUGAAAGGUCAAUCAGUAUCUCUUAAGCAGAAAAUUUGUUAUAGUGCAACAUAUGAACAAGAGAGCAUCAAUGCAUGGGUGAAUUGUGGUGACCUGCUGUACUACCCUCACAUGGUCAGAGUUCAAAAUGGGGACAUAGCAUUCUGGAGUGAGCCAGGUGGGGUCACAAGAAAGGUUUUAGACUUGCCUAAUAAAUUCGACUAAUUCCAAAUAAAACAUAGUGACAUGUUACAUAGCAAUAUAGUUCGAUAUUGGCUUUGUAUCAGGAAGAUGGCAUACAAAGAAAUUGCUAGAAAUAUCUAAAGUAAGAAAAAGCAGUGUUCUUUCUUUAAGUUACUGUAUUCUAACUAGCAAUUGGGCAUGUCACCUAUUUACAGUCAAGAAGUAAUAGUCUUGCUAUUGCCCUUGCAAGGGUCUGAGGCAUGAACAACCUGGGGAUUGCAGAUUGUCAGUGGUGGGGUGGCAAGCGGUGACCGCUUGCAGGCGCCACCAACAGUGUUGGCGAUGCCUUUUUUUGUAGGGGGUGCACAGCCAUGCCAGGGGGUACACGUGCACCCACGUGCACCCCCUAUGUGUCGCCCCAGGUCUGGGGCCUACCCUUGUUGCUGUCCUGUACUAGGAAGAUCCAGCUGCCUUACCCAGACUGUCUCUGGGGAUGCCACACUUCUUGACCACUGUCAUACAGUCAGCUGUGACUGAAAAAAAAAUAGUUUGUACAUUCUGUGUUCCUAAAACAAUGUGUGUGUUUUACUUAGGGGUGUGUGGUAGGCAAAAAAAUGUGGUCCUUGGUGGCACAGCAACCUGGGGCAUACCAAGUUCCUUGGAAAGCUCAGACAUUGGUUUCUAGCCCAUGCUGAAGCUGUCACUACAGCUUCAGUACUAUUGUUACCCAUUCUAGCUGGAUUAAAGCUAGCAUGAGUGAAGGCUGAAAGAUGUGUGUGGUGGUGGUGGGGGAAUAAUACACUUUACAAGAAGCAGCAGUGUGUUAAUUUUCUUUGAUUCUAUGAAGCAAGGUUGGAAAGGACCUCAGGAGGUUAUCAGUCCAACUCCCACUUUGACCUGGCUCUGCAGCAUCUGUAUAGAUUGGGCUCUUCAACGGGGCUUUUUGGAGCUUUUAGCUAAAACUGAUUAAAUCAGCUAUUAGAUAAAAUCACCAAAAAUACCAUACUAAAGUGCCCAGUCUAUACAGACAUUGGGAGCUGGGUGCAACUAAUGCAAUGCCUCUUCUGGGCAUGCGCUGGGCUCAACACAGGCAUACGCCAAGUUUAAAGUUCCAUUUUUGGGAGGUUUUUUUUUAACUACAUCUUCAAGCAGCCAGUGUUCCUAUCUAAGCCACAACUGCACCUUCUCUUGCUGUGUAGGCACACCCUUAAAUAUGCCUGUUUUCAAGGCCUUUUCACACUGAGAAUUUUCUUGGCCUUCUUGGUUAGUGUCUUGUGUCUUCUGACCAGUUCUCACUAGCUUUUGUGUAAGGCUUAUCCCUACAGAUGUUUUUUCCUUCAGUUCCAUUUAAGAGAAAGCAUUUUGAACUCUUAUUAAAAUAUAAGAUUACUUUUUUAGUAUGCUUAUUUCAUUCAGUCCCUUUAGGUAUAUGCAUAACUUUUUGAAAUGCUCUCUCACAGAAGAUGUUGAAUUUUAUUUUAUUUUUCUUCUAGCUGAUUCUGCCUGGCAUUCAAAGAACUACUUCACUUUACC